UGUUCCUCUUGGAUCUGCUCUUUUCAAAAUCUCAUUCCCGUGAAAGAUCUCGUAAAACACCUGUAAAACACCAAUACAUCGUCAACCUUCCUCCAUCAGAGAUCUGGAAAAAUGUCCGCAGACUACACCUCAAAAACAGUCCUCAUCACAGGCGCAGGCUCAGGCCUAGGCCUCUCCUUGACCCGCCACUUCCUCGCCGCCAACGCAACGGUCCUAGCCCUCGACAUCUCCGACGCCUCCCUCGCCUCUCUCCCCUCCAAAUUCGACGACGUCCCUGAACACCGCGCCCGUCUCCACCCCGUAAAAGCAGACAUCACCGACCCGGCCUCCGUCUCCGCCGCCAUCGCCUCCUGGGUUGACGUCAGAGAAGAUGGUGCAGUAGACAAAGGUGAACGACGCCUCGACGUGCUGGUCAACAACGCCGGCAUCUCGGACCUAAUGCACCCCACGGCCGACUGUCCCAUGGCCAUGUGGGACCGCCAGAUCCUCGUCAAUAUGACGGGCAGCUUCGUCACCUCGCAGCGCGCGAUCCAGCAAUUUCUUAAGCAGGAGCCCGUUGAUGGACAGAGGGGCGUGAUUUUGAAUGUUAUUAGUGCCGCGGGCGUUCACGGUGCGAGGGCAGGCGUCGCCUACACAGCCUCCAAACACGGCACCGUCGGCCUGACGCGAAGCACGGCAGCCUUUUACGGCCCAAAGGGCAUCCGGUGCCUGGCCAUCAUGCCCGGCCCGAUGAUGACAAACAUGGCCAGGGACGAGGAACACAUCAAAGAGUUCCAUCCCGAAGGCCUCGCCAUGGUGGUGUCAACUUUCAAUACCUGCCAAGGUGACCCUACCAAGGGCGGUUGGGAUCUGGGAUGGUCGCCGCUAGACCAGGUGUCAAAGACCGUGGUGAGCUUGUGUUCUGGUGGGAUGAAUACUAUCAACGGCGCACUUGUGCCGACUGACAUGGGUUGGACAUCGCUCUAACCAUGUCGUGUGAUGAGAUUGAUCAACUGCCAUAUCCAGAUCACUUAGUACUUGCACGUUUUUCACGAUGUAGAUACUGCAGAAUUGCACAUUGAACGGAUAAGCCAGACUAUUAUAGGAUAU